AUAUGAUGCUUCAUACCCUCUCUAUGACUCCUCGAGCUGUCCCUUCAUAGAUCCACAAUUCAACUGCAUCAAGUACGGGAGGCGCGAUAGACAGUAUCUCAAGUACAGAUGGCAGCCCUUCUCUUGUAACUUGCCAAGGUUCAGCGCGUGGAAUUUCUUGAACAAAUGGAGGGGGAAGAAGAUAAUGUUCGUGGGCGACUCGCUGAGCUUGAACAUUUGGCAGUCUCUGUCUUGUAUGAUCCAUGCCCAAAUGCCCAAUGCCAGGACCGUACUCUUCAAGAGGGGAAGGCCUCGCUUCGCUCACAUUUGUGGACUACGAUGUGAAAAUAAUGCUGUACCGGACGCAGUACCUGGUAGAUGUGGUGCGAGAGCCGGCGGGACUGGUGCUGAAGCUCGACUCGAUCAGGGGCGGCAAUGCGUGGCGAGGCAUGGACGUGCUGGUCUUUAACUCCUGGCACUGGUGGACCCACACCGGGAGAACUCAGCCGUGGGAUUAUAUGCAAGAAGGCAACAAGCUGUAUAAGGACAUGAACCGACUGGUGGCCUAUUAUAAAGGAAUGACCACGUGGGCUCGAUGGGUGAACCGUAAUGUCGAUCCUUCAAGAACCAAGGUCUUCUUCCAAGGAAUCCCAACCCACUAUGAAGGGAAGGACUGGAAUGCACCGUCACAAUCUUGCUCCGGCCAGACACAGCCAUACUUUGGCUACAGGUACCCCGGCGGGCUUCCAUUGUCUUGGGCCGUUGUGAACAAAGUCCUAAGCAGGGUCAAGAAGCCCGUCUAUCUGCUCGACAUCACAACCCUCUCAGAGUACCGGAAGGAUGGGCACCCGACGUAUUACAGUGGCGACCACGGCGGCAUCAUGGAUUGCAGCCACUGGUGCCUCCCGGGGUUGCCCGACACAUGGAACGAGCUCCUGUAUGCAGCUCUGUUCAGCUGAAGCUCCAAUAUCGCGUGCAAGGAAACUGUUAGUAAUUUAUUCUCACUGAAAUUCUUAGUUUGAAACUCAUUGUUUCAAGGUCUAGGCAUU